CGUUGGCAAAAUAGCUGCUCACGCUUUACUAUAUCUACAAUCAGCGGUCGAAUUAAAAACAGUGCAGAAGGAUGUUUUGAGUAUGUUUUACCUUCUAGCCGCGCAAUCAAUGCUUUUCUUUCCAAGCAAGCAGCGUUUUAAUCGGCAAAAGCAUGAAAUAGAAUCGUACGUGGUACGAAUUUAUCGGCACAAUCUGAUCAAGGACGGAGGCAUCAUCAAACGGAAACUACGCGAGAAACUUUUCGAAGAGAUAAAACUGCGCCGCAACACUCGUGUCAAAAUGGACGAGUUGGGCUGGGUGCUGAUGAACCACGAUUUGAUAACACGUAAUGAGCCAAUCCAACAGCAUGCCAAUGGUAAUCGACCAAAUCAUUUUAAAUUCAACAUGGAGCGGUUGCGAAACCUACUGGAGCAGCACGAACAGAACAAUCACGCUGAGUUGACAUCCAAAAAGCAAAACAAAUUCCUGCGUAUGCUGGAUGCAAUUUUACAAAACGACAAGGUUUGAAGGAAAUUAAAAAGAUGGUAGUGGCGAAUCGACUUCUAUCGGAAAUUCGUUAUGUGACUACGGUGGAACGUAUGCUGAAACACAAUUUGGACCCCUCUUUGCGCUGCUGCUUUGUAUGCCGAGAGUAUUUCCGCACUGCCGAUGAGUAUACCAGUCAUUUCGAAAAAUUGCACGGUGAGAAAUUUCUUAUUGUUGCGGCGGUGGAUCGAUUUCAGACUAGUCAAAAGUUCAACGUUCUACAUCACUACAAUGCCCUUAAUCCGGUGACAAUAUUCACGAUUUGCAACGUAUACCACACAGCCCUAAUAAAAAAAACAAGAAAAGACGGGUCUAAUAUUUUACAAAGAACAAAUCUACCACUUUCCACGAAAAUCGGAGAACCACUAUAUCGAUUCGACAUGGAAUGGCUAAUACAUAUAAGGCAGAAAAAAGGUUUAACUUUGGAAUUCAACAUCCUAUAUUUCCUCGAACCAUUAAGUUCAUGGCGCAUUUGAUGUCGGUCAUCAUAGCUGCUGCUAUGGAAAUUACGUGAUACCUUGAUUUUUAUCUACAUCUCGGAGAAAAGUGUGGUAAACAAUGUCCGGGUUAUUUUUCGUUAUGAGAACCUUGUUUCCACAUCCUUUUACUGCACAAUAAUACGGCAUCUGAAGUAAAUAAAAUAUUCACAAUAUAAUUUUGGCAUGAUAGAGAACCGCGAGAUGAACGAUUAUCUGUGGAGGAGUUUGACAACAGAUUUCUUAGACUUAUAGCACUUUUAUCACACCCACAAGCUCAUCAAAUCCUCACGGUCCCCCAAAAAUAUUGAAUAAUAUAUAAUAUAAAUACCUUAUUGCAGCUAUAGUACACUAUUUUUCACAAAUAUAUAUUUGUUUAUUUCUUCCUUCAGUUGUUUUCCUCAGCGAGUUGAUAU